AUGCCGUCCAGCGUCUUGGCAGGCUUGUUGAAGCUAGUCGUUACGGCGACCAUCGUCAUCAUGCUGACUGCCUUCCGCUUCAUGCUGACUGCCUUCCGCUUCAUGCUGACUGCCGUCCGCGCACGCCGGCGGCAACCGUUAGAGGCGCCCAAGCCCAAGAGCUUGACCUUUCGUAUUGAUGACAUCCCAAUCGAUCACACCAAAGAACUAGUUCGCAAUAUCAGGUCUGUCGCCAAGCAUGACCCGGUCUUGCGGGGAGCCGCUGCUACCAUAGUCCAUCACUCUGUGGCGCCAAAAGACAAGCGCUUCAUCUGCGCUACCGUCUCUAUCACCACUCCGCUAUCUGGGGAGGACCUAUGCGCCCGGCUACACCGAAGUGGAAAGUGCUACCCGUAUAGCUACACCUGCAAAUUCGACGGAAUCACGCCACUCUACGAGGACGAGAAAGGCGCAGACAUCGACGUCAUCGCAGUCACAGGCCUCGGAGGCCACGCUCUUGGCUCUUGGAAGUCCCGAAACAGCGACGAAGUUUGGCUACGCGACUUCCUACCUGGAGACAUGCCCAAUAUCCGAGUGCUGCUCUACGGCUACGAUACAACGCUCCCCGGCAGCCAGUCGAGACAGUCCAUUGGAGACCUCGGGAGCGCCUUCCUGGAGCAGGUCACUGCCUUUCGCGCAAAUGAUGGUACUUCUCGCCGACCGACCAUCCUCAUUGGCCACAGCCUCGGCGGCCUACUGAUCAAAGAGGGCCAACCGAACAAGGCCUUAAUUGACAGUCUGCUCGUGGACAACGACUCAGAGCCCUCACUCUUUCUCAAGAGAAUUGCCGACCAGUUUUCCGAGAGCUGUAAGGGGCACUACCGAGUAGUGACGUUUUUCGAGCGCACCCUUAGUCCAACUUUAGAGCGCUCUAAAGAUGGGAGAUGGUGCAGAACUGGCCGCCGCUCUUUGCUGGUAACAGAAAAGUCGGCUACUAGCACUGGCCUAGUAGCAGUGGCCGACGAAGACAAUAUCCCCCUCAAUACGGACCACUCAGGACUUGUGAAGUACAACUCCAGGAACCAAGGCGAUUACCUAAUCGUGAGGGAAAGACUCAGAAGACUCGCUAAUGAAGCGAAGCUGGAGGUGCCUAAACGAUUCGCUGAGCAUACUCGCGGGCUGAUUAAAGAAAUACUUAGGUCCAUCACCGACUCCAUCACCGAACUCCCCGAACCCCCCUGUUCGGGUUGGGGUGUCCUACGCUCUGCUUGUUAA